CCCUGAGGACGCACAGCUGCCAUUGCGUCCCUCGCUGCCCAGUUGGGCGAUGUGUAAGUAGAAGUCCUCCGGCUCGGAAGGCAGGCAACCAGACUGGAGCCAUGGUCCACGCCUUCCUCAUUCACACCUUACGGCCCCCGCACACUGACACAGGCUUUUGUCGAGUGCUCUACUCCUGCACCUUUGGAUCUGAGAGUUCACCUGAUGACCCACGGCCACAUGGUGCUGAGAGAAACAGGCUUCUUCGCAAGGAGCAGAUUUUGGCGGUGGCCAGGCAGGUGGAGUCCAUGUGCCAGCUGCAGCAGCAGGCAUCUGGCCGGUCCCCCCUGGACCUGCAGCCCCAGUCCUCAGAUGAGCCAGUGCCCCUGCAUGAGGCCCCACGCGGGGUGUUCCGCUUGGCAGCAGGAGACCCUUUCCAGGAGCCUCGGACGGUGGUGUGGCUAGGUGUGCUCUCACUAGGUUUCGCCUUGGUGCUGGACGCCCACGAGAACCUGCUCUUGGCCGAGGGCACCCUCCGGCUGCUGACACGUCUCCUCCUUGACCACCUCCGGCUGCUGGCCCCGGGCACCAACCUCCUGCUGCGGGCUGACCGCAUCGAGGGCAUUCUCACGCGCUUUCUGCCCCACGGUCAGCUGCUCUUCCUCAAUGACCAGUUCGUCCAGGAUCUGGAGAAGGAAUUCAGUGCUGCCUGCCCACGCUGACCGCUGCCUGGGAUCCAAGAGGGCAAGCAGGGAGGACGGGGACUAACACAGCAGGCUGACGCGUGGCCCUGCCUGCCCCUCAGUUCUGGGAUGCUGCCACACCUGGGACAAAGUUGGCAGAAAAGGGGACCGUGCAGAGGGUGGGGAGGUGGCCACAGGCAUCACGAAAUACCCUGUGCCUAGAGCUGCCGCAUGACCUGGAAAGUGAGGAUUCACAGAGACAGAGUGGGGAGCAGAACAGGUGGAUUAAUUGAAAUACACUGCUGAGGGGAGCAGCGG